AUGGGUGACGGAUCCAGGAAGGCUGUUAUCAAAAAUGUAGAUAUGUCCGAGGAAAUGCAACAAGAUGCGAUAGAGGCAGCAACCCAAGCAUUUGAAAAGUACAACAUCGAGAAAGAUAUUGCUGCAUAUAUUAAGAAAGAAUUCGACAAGAAACAUAAUCCAACGUGGCAUUGUGUCGUUGGGAGGAACUUUGGGAGCUACGUAACACAUGAAACAAAACACUUUAUCUACUUUUACGCUGGACAAGUUGCAAUCCUUUUGUUCAAAUCCGGUUAAUAUGGAAUGCAUUUAGUGAUUAUGCUAACAUUAUAAAGUUUGUAUUUGAUUAUAAUUGUUUUUUUUUAAUAAACGGAAUACACCCGUUAAGAAAUUAAAUGAGAAAGAUUGGUGCUGAACUAAUCUUUCUUAUAUAAUUGUUUUACUAUGCGUUGAAGUAGUGACAAUAUGUAUGUACACACUAAAUUCUGCUCGCUAAGUGGAUGGCAAUCUAAUUGCGCAUACCGCGUCAUUUGAUCAGUUUUCUUGAUAUUUGAUUACAUGUGGUAAUCUAAGUAUCGAAUAUUAAACACAAACGUUGCAUACUGAGAAAUAGCAUUAAGUGCCAGUCUAAUCCAUCGCAUGUUAGUGUUACC